UAUCCAUCUCGAGAUGAAUAAAAAAUGACACGUAAUAUUUGCGUGGCUUUGAUGUAGCGAGCGUAUCAUCGGUUAUUGGCGACAGUUACCGCCAUUACCUCGACUCGAUGACUAGUGAGCAAUGGAAAAAGGAUAUCGCAUACGCGAUGACUCCCUUCAAACAGUUAACAUGGGUCAACGGAGUUUGGCCCCUUCAAGAUUAUAACAUCUUUUCGCUAAUACGAUUUUAUUUCGCUACAUUUUGCAUGAUUACUUGCGCGGUCUUGCCAUUCAUCGAACUUCAAAUGGGCUGCACCGACGCGGAGGAAAACGUAGACAGUCUAAUGUUUAUCUGUUGCGGGGUGGUCUCUACAGUGAAGACUAUAUGUUUCCGCAUUUACGCGAACAACUUGAUCGACACUUACAGCGCCGCUGUAGAUGAUUAUCAGACAAUCGACAACCUGGGACAGCGUAAAAUCAUGAGGAGAUUCGCUUUUAUUGGCAGAACGCUCGCCUGUUUCAUGGUGUGCUUUGCUUACUUCGCUUGCGCCGUUUACACGUUAAUUCCGCUUCUCGGUGACGAGCCGAUUAAUCAGCUCAACGUAACGGACGAGAACAAUGUUGAGCUAGACUAUACGAUACCGUCUAGAUGCACCUUGGAAUACUUCCAUGCCCCGACGAGCAUGUACAAAAUUAUUACCCUUACCGAAUCUUUUAUAAUGGCACUCACGUGCACUUGUAACCAUGGUAACGAUGCUAUGUUCCUCAACAUUGCACUGCACAUGUGCGGUCAAAUAAAAAUUCUGAAGGCUAAUUUCACCAACAUUGAUGUUGUAAGUCCACAGGUUUAUAGUAAUUUCAAUGCGCUGAUACGCAGACACAGUAACCUGAUGAGGUUGUGUAAAAAGCUCGCCGAAACGAUCAGUUUCGUGUUGCUGACACAAUUAUUUAUUACGAGCAUACUGUUGUGUAUAAUGGGAUUCCAAUUUAUCUUAGCCUUGAAGAAGAACGACGCUGUUAUGCUGGCAAAAAGUUGCGUGGUGCUUGCUUCCUUUCUAACGCAAAUUAGUGUUUACAGUUUUGUCGGAGAUUACUUCAAAUGUCAGAUGGAAGAAAUCGCGCUUUUCCUUUACCAAAGUACUUGGUACGAUCUUCCAGCGAAGCUGACGAGGAACUUGACAUUCAUCAUCAUGCGCGCUCAGUCUCCUAUCAAGCUGCAAGCAGGAAACUUUAUCGUGAUUAUAGUAGUAAUUUUGCCUUUCAUCGAACUUCAAACGGGCUGCACCGACGCGGAGGAAAACGUAGACUGCCUAAUGAUCAUCUGUUGUGGACUGAUCUCUGCAGUGAAGAACAUAUAUUUUCGCAUUUACGCGAACAACUUGAUCGACACUUAUAGCGCCGCUGUAGAUGAUUAUCGGACAAUCGACAACCCGGGACAGCGUAAGAUCAUGAGGAGAUUCGCUUUUAUUGGGAGGACGCUCGCCUGUUUCAUGGUGUGCUUUGCUUACUUCGCUUGCGCCGUUUACACGUUAAUUCCUCUUCUGGAUGAUAAGCCGAUUAAUCAGCUCAACGUAACGGACGAGAACAAUGUUGAGUUGGACUAUACGAUACCGUCUAGAUGCACCUUGGAGUACUUCCAUAUUCCGUCGAGCAUGUACAAAAUUAUCAACUUCAUCGAAUCUUUUAUGAUGACACUCACGUCCACUUGUAACCAUGGUAACGAUGCUAUGUUCCUCAACAUUGUACUGCACAUGUGCGGUCAAAUAAAAAUUCUGAAAGCUAAUUUCACCAACAUUGAUGUUGUAAGUCCACAAGUUUAUAGUAAUUUCAAUGCGCUGAUACGCAGACACAGUUAUCUGAUAAUGUUGUGUAAAAAGCUCGCCGAAACGAUCAGUUUCGUGUUGCUGACACAAUUAUUUAUUACGAGCAUACUGUUGUGUAUAAUGGGAUUCCAAUUUAUCUUAGCCUUGAAGAAGAAUGACGCUGUUAUGCUGGCAAAAAGUUGCGUGGUGCUUGGUUCCUUUCUAACGCAAAUUAGUGUUUAUAGUUUUAUCGGAGAUUAUUUCAAAUGCCAGAUGGAAGAAGUCGCGCUUUUCCUUUACCAGAGCACUUGGUACGAUCUUCCAGCGAAGUUGAAGAAGAACUUGACUUUCCUCAUCAUGCGCGCUCAGUUUCCUAUCAAACUGCAAGCUGCAAACUUUAUCGUGAUAAACCUCGAAACUUACAUGAGCAUUCUAAAGACCUCUAUUUCGUAUCUGUCUGUACUUCGCGUAAUGGUAGAUACGUAGAGUACAUCAAG